AUGGGAGAGCAGGCCACGCUUGCCCAGUUUCGAUUUGUUGGCUAUUACGCACACAGACCCAAACCCGGCGACAUCGAAAUUCCAAAUUUGAGUCCGGUCCUUGAAUCGGUGACAAUGUUGGUGGCCACCCUGCAGCCAGGAUAUGUGCCUGUUGGCAUCACGCCGAUCGUGAACUGGAAAGAACAACCAAUUCUAAAGCACUGCGAUGAGGAUUACCUUCUACUCGUCCUGGUUUUGUCCAUUUGCACCCAGUUUCUACUGAUGAUCUAUGUGGGCUUCGCAGUCUUGCAACCGUCUUCCCUGCAAAGGAGGCAGUUGAUUCACGGCCAGCAAAGGACCUUCGCUAGCUUCAUUUUCCGAAGGCUGCUCUUCCAGUUGGACAAGGCUUUCUUUCCUUCGGUGGGGCAGGAGCGGUUGGACUCCUGCUUGAGGUCAAGUGAAAAUGUAAUCCUGGCCAUUCAACUGUUCCGGCGAGACGCUCUCAAGGUCCUUCAGCCAGGACAGAAUCUCUCAUCCGCGCUUUCCGGCGACCUGUACUAUGUGCUGGACGAGGAGGAGCGUGAACUGGAUUUCAACGGCUAUGGAUGCUCCCACUCAAAGGUCGAGGUCACCGAGGAGCUAUUGGUGUACCUGCUAUAUCCGGAACGGAAAGUGUCCAGAAAAAAGUAAUGGGAUCAACUGAACAACUCGGGCUGGGGUAGCUAACUUUUCGGCUCCAAUUAAUUUGUAUUUUUGUAUAGUCAGUCCAGUAAAGUGCACUAAAUUCAUCAACUGAG